AUGGGGCUGAGCCCUGCUGCCAGCCGGGAGUACCGGAACGCUCUCUCGAGGGUCCCACCGCCCCACCCCAAGUCCACCGCCAGAACCACCGCUACUACCCGGCCAAGCGACCACCCACCUGCCCCUGGCGGUCCAGCCGUGCCCUACUCAGAUGAAGACACCGGAUCUCAAGCUCAGUUGGUCCAGCUCCUGCCCAAGCAGUUCCAGCAAGGCCUUUUAGAACUGGGCCGAAUCAUCCCGCAGGGAGAGAAGAUGGUAAUGAACUUGGAAAUCACACCCAGCCAGAAACGAGCAGAGCUGAUUUCAACACCGAAGUUGGAGACUGAAGGCAAAUUCAAAAAGCAAGCGGCUGAGAGCAAAGCAAAACCCAGACCUGGAGACCUGAUUGAGAUUUUUCGAAUUGGCUAUGAACACUGGGCCAUCUACGUGGAGGAUGAUUGUGUGGUCCACCUGGCUCCCCCAAGUGAGGAAUCUGUGGUCGGCAGCAUCGCUUCCAUCUUCAGCAACCAUGCCGUUGUCAAGUACAGCCGUCUGGAGGAUGUGCUGCACGGAUGUUCCUGGAAGAUUAACAACAAGCUGGAUGGGACUUACUUGCCCCUGCCUGUGGACAAGAUCAUCCAGCGCACAAAAAACAUGAUCAACCAGAUAGUCCAGUACAGCCUGAUUGAAGGGAACUGUGAGCACUUUGUCAAUGACCUCAGAUAUGGCGUGUCCAGGAGCCAGCAGGUAGAACAUGCCCUGAUGGAAGGGGCAAAGGCUGCAGGCGCAGUGAUUUCGGCAGUAGUAGAUCGCAUAAGACCAAAACUCUAA